CCGCACAUUUUUCUCGUUUUUAAUAUUAUAAGUACCUAGGUACCUACCUAGUUUAAUUUAAUCUUUUAGAGUGACGUAGACUUUAGAUAAUAUUCCAUUUGCAAUGCACGAAUAUCAAAAAAUGCUUCGAAGAUAAAAAAAUACAUCUGUUUAAAUAUUGGUAUUAUGUGAUAAAUGAUAAGAAUUCGCAAGUGAAUUGUUUUUGAAACUUUCGGCUCAGUUUUGAAGGAAGUGCGAAUAAAAAUGAUCAUGUUGGACCCGACAUGCGGAGCCAGUGGUGCUGCCGGGGCGAGCAUUGCUGCCGCGCUGCAGUUCUUUGCUGCGUCACAGUGCCUGCUGCAAGAGCCCUGGCCCCAACAGGCAGAUGUUAAGAAUGGUUCCGCAUUCGACUUCAUAGUGGUUGGCGCAGGAACAGCGGGCGCGACGCUCGCUGCGCGUCUCUCCGAGCUACCUCACCACACUGUACUGUUGCUGGAAGCUGGUCCUGAUCCUUCGCUAGAGAGUAUUAUUCCGGGAUUUAAAGGUGUGCUCAAAGGAAGCUACUACGAUUGGAAUUUUACUACCACCAAUGACUACUAUUCAAGCCAAGCGCUAAAAGAUGGAAGCCAAAAGCAACCUCGCGGCAAGAUGUUAGGAGGAAGUGGUUCCAUGAACGACAUGAUUUACGCCCGGGGCUUCCCCGCAGAUUAUGACGAAUGGGCUUCAAAAGCAGGCGAAGACUGGAACUGGUCCAAUGUUCUUAAAUACUUUAUGAAAACUGAACAUUUGACUGAUGAACGGAUAACUAAAUUCCCGGAACUAGCAAAAUAUCACGGUUUUGAGGGAGAGAUCGAGGUCACCGGCAAGAGUGAAUCGACAUACACUACUGAUAGGUUCCUUGAAGGGUUCAAUGAAAUGGGCUUUGAAAUUGUCCCCGACAUGACGAAUCCUGACGUUAUAGGUGCAGGGAGAUUUUCUCACACGAUUAAAGAAGGCAAAAGACACAGUUCUUUAACAGCUUUAUUAAAUAAAGCAUCUAAAAGAGACAAUCUAUUUGUUUUAAAAAAUGCACUUGUUACUAAAAUAUUAAUAGAAGAUAAUGUUGCAUAUGGCGUUCGGGUAUCGCUAGAUGAUGAUGAAUUUCAUUUUUAUGCAAAGCAAGAGGUUAUAGUAAGCGCUGGCACAUUUAAUACAGCUAAAUUGCUACUUUUAUCUGGCAUUGGACCAAAGAAGCAUUUGGAAGAAGUAGGAGUAAAAUUAGUAAAAGAUUUACCGGUAGGUGAAAAUUUACACGACCAUGUCAUGGUACUAACAUAUUUAGCUGCAAAAAAUGGCACAUGUUAUGUCAAUGAGGGAACGAGGCAUUUCAACACAAUUAAAUAUCUUUACGACAGAACCGGGACUUUAACUGCAUCUUCAGAUUUAGGGGCGUAUAUUUCUUUCAAUAGUUUAACUACUAACGUCCCAGAUUUUGCAAUUUAUCCUACUUGUAUGCCGUUAAAUACAAAUUUUUCCGCAUCUUGUGCAAAUGUGUUAGGAUUCAAGAAUGACAUUUGCGAAAAAAUUAAUACAGUGAACAAAAACUAUGAGAUUCUGUCAUUGGCUGUUGUGAAAUUGAAACCUAAAUCUAGGGGUAAGGUGAUCUUGAAAUCGGCUGAUCCUUUAGAUGCUCCAUUGAUAUAUUCUGGGACUUUUAGCGACGGUAGUGAUUUAGUGAACUACCCGGAUGCUAUACAAGUGGCUCAUUCACUAGCCAAUACAACUUAUUUCAGGUCUAAACGCGCUUUUGUAUUAGAUUUUGAAUUGGAGCAGUGUAAAGGGUUAAAUGAUACGAAUAAAAAGAAAUGUAUAGCCAAAGCGACCGCAAUGUCAGCUUGGCACGCGGUAGGUACGGCAGCUAUGGGGACAGUAGUGGAUUCAGAGUUACGGGUAAAAGGUGUUACUGGUUUAAGGGUUGCUGAUGCUAGCAUAAUGCCUAAGAUUGUUCGCGGUAAUACAAACGCUCCUGUAGUUAUGAUUGCUGAAAAAGCAGCUGAUUUUAUUAAAGAUAGUCUGGUAAGACGUAACUAUAAUAAUUGAUAAUUAAUAAUGAUUAAUAAUGAUUGAUAAAUUGGUAUACCAGGUAUUUUACUAUUUAAACUAUUGUGACAGAUUUCCUUUAUAAAUAUAUAAAUAAGGACCCCGGAUGUGUUCGAAACUAGUCGGGCUUACGUCGACUAAACACGUGAGUAAACACGGAUUUUUAUAUAAUUAUACUUGUAUGUAUUGUUUAAUUGUAGUUAUUAUCGAAAGUGAUAAUGAUAUCACCUGUUUGUGACUACAACGUGUUAUGUCAAAAAAAUAAUUUUUGAGAAAUAAAGAUUUGCAAUAGAUGUAAUUUGUCUCUAUCGGGUUGAGAGGGAUGGUGUGUUUGUUCUGUGAAGCUAACCUGUCCAGUAUCCAUAGAUUAAGAAAUAAUGUGAAUCGAAUGUAAUUUAGUCAUACAAUAUAGGAUAAAUAGGUUUGAAUGUUGUUAGUUAAAAAUUACAAUUUUCCGAAAUAACACGUAGUUGCAAACAGGCGCUACGAUACGAAUAUGUUACCAAUGGGAUUACCUACUUAGUUGCUUAUGUAUUUAUAAAUAAAAUGGUGGCUAAGGUAGGUACCUAUUCAUUAGUAGUUUAGUAGUAUAUAAUUAAAUUACUA